AGCACCCGGGGGUACAGUGGGUCACUUUCCAAAAUGGCGCGCGUGUUGAAGGCGGCGGUGGCGGCGGCUGCCGAGAGUGCAGUAGGGUUUUUUUCCAGACUUCAGAAUUCAGUUUCAAAAGUAAGAACUUUCUCCACAUCACAGUCCUCGCUUCAAGCGGCAGGUCCUCUGUGGAACCUGGGUCGACUCAAUCAUGUAGCAAUUGCAGUGCCAGACUUGGAAAAAGCCACAGCAUUUUAUAAGAAUGUUCUGGGGGCCCAGGUAAGUGAGGCGGUCCCUGUUCCUGAGCAUGGAGUGUCUGUUGUUUUUGUCAACCUGGGAAACACCAAGAUGGAGCUGCUUCAUCCGUUGGGAAAUGACAGUCCAAUUGCAGGUUUUCUGCAGAAAAACAAGGCUGGAGGAAUGCAUCAUAUCUGCAUUGAGGUGGAUGAUAUAAAUGCAGCUGUGAUGGAUUUGAAAGAGAAGAAGAUUCGUAGUCUAAGUGAAGAGGCCAAAAUAGGAGCACAUGGAAAGCCAGUGAUUUUUCUCCAUCCUAAAGACUGUGGUGGUGUUCUUGUGGAAUUGGAGCAAGCUUGAUUUAUAUUUGCAAGAAACUUUAAAAAUCCCCACCAAAAUAUACUGAAAAUCCCCAACGAAUUAUACUCCAGCAUUGAAUCCUUCACUCCUUCCAUCACUUAAAAGUUCACAAUUAAAGGGGCACCUGACUGACUCAGUCAGCAAGGUGUGUGACUCUUUAUCUCAGGGUGGUGAGUUCAAGCCCAUGUUGGGUGUGGAGAUUACUUAAAAAUAAAAUCUUUUUAAAAAGUUCAAAAUCAAAAAUUAAAUUACAGGGGUGCCUGGGUGGCUCAGUCGGUUAAGCGUCUGCCUUUGGCCCAGGUCAUGAUCCCGGGGUCCUGGGAUCAGGCCCCAGGUGAGGCUCCCUGCUCAGCGGGGAGUUUGUUUCUCUCUCUCUCUCUCUCUCUGCCCCUCCACCCACUUGUGCUCUCUCUCCCAAAUAAAUGGAUAAAAUCUUUUAAAAAAAGCAACCUAAAUUACAGAAAGAGAUUUUUUAAAUUGUAUAUAUAUAUAAUAUUUAUCAAUAUAUAUAAUUGAC